AUGGGCCCUCAACCUGCGGAAAUGGAUCCACAUUUCACCGUCUUCAUAAGGCUACCAUUUCCUAGAGGCGACUUUGUAGAUCCUCCUGCGGUGGAAUGGAGUGUUUCUAAAGACCAUGCUCUGUGGGAUAUCCUGUCACGGCCUCCGAAAGGCAAUGAUAUUGAUUGUCUGGCGGAACAUUUUGGCGUGACUCUACCGUUCCUUCUUCAGCAAGCAGCUUGGCUAUAUGACAGGCAGCUAUCACAGGUUAGAGCUCAGAUACGAAAAGUUGGAAAUCCUCAUUCUGCUGCAAAUUCGCCAGUGCCCCAAUCGAUGUCCGGGAGCGGCGCGAUUGGUGGGCAACCUAUGAAGAGAGCUGGAAGUGGCGCGUCAAGAGACCUGUCAAAAUUGUCGAUACGCCAAAAGGAAGGACAAUCCGGGAAACAAGAUCCCAGCGCACCUCCUACGCCGACCCACUCCAAAGCCCCCAUGUACCCAACUGUCUCACCAAUGAACCCUCCGAUUCAGGCGAUGGGCAUAAGAUCCCAAUCACCUCGACAGGCAGCACUUGUUUAUGCAGACUCCACCGGUCGCAAUCAGCAAUCUUUGAGAAAGGAAGCACGCACGGUUUCUUCACCUCUUACAUCGCCCCCAUUGGAGCAAGACAUCUCACCAGCUAGCUCAUCUUCCUCGUCAUCCUCUGACUCCGGAGCCGAAGAAACAACAAGACGAGGGCCUCCGUUCGCAAGAUUUGGUAGAUUUUCUGUCCAUCGGGGAAGUAAUAGUAUUGAUGAGGAUGAAGAGGACUCACCGGCAUUUUUGCCUUUAACCACACACCAUAAGUCAUCUAUACAGGAAGCGGGACAUGACCCUAGCGCAACUCUUCGGCAGGAGCCAGAACUACCCGGCCAUCCACAUGCCGGUUCGGCCGACACCACUAUUCCUUUAAUCAAGACGUCUGCAACAGAAUUUUCAGCCAGCUCGGGCAGCUCAGAGCCAGCAAGUAGCGCAGCGUCGAACGAAAGACCCCGGCCGACUGGCCACCCCAUCAAUCCCGACCGGAGGAGAACUGCGGAAUUGGCUCGACUCAGUCCACGCCGGCGUGCAGCUGGCCGAGAGGGAAGUGAUGGGACGCCCAGCAUGGGCAGUAGCUUUAGCGAUUUGGAUGACGCCAGCUUAACACAAUCUGCACUCGAAGAAGCUCUUCUAAGUACGAUGCAACGUGGUGGAGUUGCAAGCAGGAUGAGCACAAUUAGCCAGGCGCUCAAGAGCAGAUAUUUGUAA